CAUACUUGACUGACAAGCGCUUCUUAUGUCACUCAUAAAAUAGAAAAAAAAAAAUAUUAAUUUAUAAAUCAUAUUUAUUUUUCUUGCAUUUUCUUUAAUUUUUUUCAAUUAAAUCAAAGUAAUUUGAUCAAAUCUUCAUCAUGGCAACUUACAACAAUCCACAUUGGCUCCUCUCCCACAUCCGCAACUCCUUCAUCUCCACCGAUGACACAGGUAUGUGUGAAACAGUUAUGCUUAGCGAUGACCUGCCAAAGCAAUACUUGAAAAAGUUCCAAACUCCACAACAACAACAACGUGCAACUAUCAGAAAAGUCGGAACCAAAAAUAAUCCUAGACCACCCGAGACUGCUCUAAGCGAAGUCGAUUUUGUUUGCUAUCCUGGCCUAGAUCAAAGCGACGACGAAGACAUGGAUUUAGCCUCACAAUCUUUUGAUAUACAAAUGUAUCCAGAAAUUGGUUCACAUAGAUUUCGUUCAAACACAGCGCAAAAGUUGGAAAAAAUGGACAUUGCCCGGCGAAAAGCCGCCCGAACCAAAUGCGUCAACUUCGAAGAUCAAUCGACAGUUGGCGGCGAAAGGGCAGACCUUUUUAUCCGCAAAUCUGUCGGCAAUGCCAAAGAGAAGAAAAACAGUCGUCUUUCUCUCGAAUUGAUCAAUAGUCCAAAACAAACUGCCAACAAGUUUGUCGAAUUCUCCCGAUUUGACGGCGCUGCCCAAACGGGAAUGCAAACUAAACGCAUUAAUGUCUUUAUAAACAUGUUGCCAGAAAAAGAACGCAACUAUCCAAUGAAGAUUUGCGUCCUGGCAAAUGCAAAAAUCCAAGAAGUCAUUGGAUUCAUUUGUUACAAAUGCGUUAUUCAAUACCCCGACAUCCCGCUCAAAUCGAUCCGACAUUACGGACUUUACAUGACCGAAGACAACGACGACAUGGAGGACUUUCCUCCUCUAGACGUUCGAGAGCCAUGCUCCAAGUUUGGCUUUAGUCAUUUGACUUUGGCCGAACGUCGUCCUUUGGCUCAUGUGACACGAGUCGAUUAUCGCUCGCUGUCAAUGACGUCGGAGGAUGAGAAAGCUGGCGAGGCUGCUGUCCAUGAUGUUCAUGGAAGCGGUGGCAAUCUCGCCUGUUACGAAGAACGAAUGAUGGACCACAACGACAUGAUCGAUGCGCCAAUGUAUCGCACAUACAAACUGAAUAUUAUCGAUAAGCGUUUCUUUAAAUCCGAGGUGCAAUUGGGCAUCUCGGGGGAACGUAUUGAAAUUGAUCAACAGAAAAAUUCGUCUAAAUUUUGGACGAAACAAAAGGCAAUGACUUAUCCAAUCGACUGUAUUGCUUUUUGUGAGAUUGUAGAAAGACGACAAAACAAGUCGAUAGUUAGGAUUUGGAUAAAACCUCAAUUGCCAGAGAGUUUUUUGUCAGCCACAUCGAAACAUCCAGCUUUGACUGCUAUUAGUGGGUCGCCUAGUAGCCCGCAACACUUUAAUACAACCACAUGCUCGUCGACUUCGUCGUCGUCGUCUAGUGCGCCAGCAGUUCGGUUUAAGCACUAUGACUUUGAGACAGAUCCAACGCAAGCGCAGAGGAUAUUGAAUAAAAUGAAUUUUAUUUUGGAUGUGCGUUCGAGUGAUACGAGGAGGGAAUUUAUAGCAGCGCGGGAGAAAAAACAGGAAAAACAUGGAAAGAAAAAGAACUGACCUCCAAGGAGGAGGAUGGUUCAGAUUGUUUUCUAAGGAGAUUUCCUUUGACGAUUCUGUGAUUUGUAUUUUUAACAACCUUUUUAAAUUAAAAUUAAAACGAAAAAUAUGUAAGCAGAUUGGUAGCAUGUUUGUCUUCGAAAAAAUAAAAACAGCAUUUUGGUAUUAAUUUUAUGUAACUGAAAAUAAAAAUAAAAUUAAAAUAGAAAUUGUAAUCAUAAAAAAAUAAAUUG